AUGGAAAGUCGCGAAGAAGGCCUGAAAGAUCUAUGGACCGUCAAGAAUAAGGCAUUGGCUACUCCGGGUGCGCCAAUCACCGAGAAGUCCUCUGCGACAUCUUCAAGAAAUGCGGCCGCAGUUCCCUCACAAAGCUCACAUGGGCAUCGAAUAAAUUAUAGAACAAAGAAUAAUAGUAAAUUGAGGGCAUUGUUACGCGAUUGGCGAGUGAUGGAGCCGCAGGAGGUGGAAAGUAUGGACAGGAAGGCGAUGAUUGAGAGGCUUGAGAGACAUGAGAUGAGGGGCUACGGCGAUGAUUAUGAGAGUCUAACUUGCGAUCAACUUUCCACACUUUUGAGUGCACGGCUGCUUCCAUAUGAUGCUUUGGAUCGAGAUAAUGGGAACAUGGAAGAACGCAGUUUGUACACUACUCUUGUGAUUUGUCAAAAUGAGGUACAGAGAUAUGAACAACUGAUUGGUUGGGCUGAGGGCGAGGAAGGGGAGAAAUCAUACCAAGAUUUGGAAGUGGCGGGAUUGAGAACCCUAAUGGAUUUGAGACAACAAGGAAGAAAGAUAAAAUUUGUUUGUGAAGAUUCUGAGUUAAUCGAUUGGUUGAAGGCGGAUGACCAAAAGUUGGCGCGAAAGAACAAAUUCGAGAUAUCUACACUUAUGGGAUCUGAAGCCCCUGCGGAGCUGGAAUGUUGGGAAAAGAAACUUGCGGAUAUAAGGGUGGAUUUAGAGCAUAAGAUAGGCCAUCCACUCCCAACGGAGGUACCAAUGCAUGAAUCGUCGAAAUACGAUGUUCCUGUUGUUACGAAGAAAGCUGGGGACCGAGGAGCCUUGCAUUAUGAUCCUAAAAAGACGAACUGGGGUUUAUUCAAUGCUUGGGAGCUUUGUAGAAUUGCCAAGAAGAAAAGUGCACCAGGGUAUGGAACAAAGGAUGCGAUGAUCAAAUGGCUUGAGACUGGGAUUCUUGAGUAUGAAGAUAUGCACCUUGAGUCACUGAGAGAACAGUGUUGGAAGCGCUUAAUACCGCAAUACAGUAAUGAUGAUAAGGCAGCUUUGAUAGAAAGACUAAAAAUUCUGGAUAAAUAUGACAAGGAUAGCGAGGAGAGCUCCGCAAGGGAGACUGACGAAGCUACCGAUGCCGAAAAUAUUGAUGAAAGUAGUGUUGAGCAGGAUGACGAGAUUGAUCCGAUUGCAGAGCCAUCAACAAGUGGCACCGUGUCUAGUAACUCGCCAUAUGCCAAGAAAGAUAAUAGUAUGCUCCGAGUUUUGCUACGAGAUCGACACCUUCAAAUCUCCGGUACACGGGAAGAAAUGAUUCAUCGCUUGGAGACAUCUCCAUACAACUACGAAUCUUACACUUCCGAAGAACUUUCCCUAAUACUCAAAGAUCGCCACCUGACUAACGCAAGCACGGAAGCAAAGAAAUCAAAAUCGAGCGCCUCAAAAAUAGCGACGAGGCUCUCUAUGAUUCUGCAAGACUUGAAGACACACAGUUCGCUCCGUGAGCUUGCAACUGCCUUGGGUUUAUCUCCACACAGCGGGGAGAAAACUGUGAUUAAGCAACUCCACGCGAAUGAUCAGAAAUUAAAAUUGGAGGGUAAAGAUAGAACCGCUAUGAGUGAUGCUAUCAACAAACUGACCGCGUCUCUUGAAACCCGCAAAGCUGAAUACAACAAAGCGAAGGAAGAUCUAGAGAAAAGCAUAGGUCAUCCUGUUCUAGAUAUCGCAAUCGUGAUGGGACGAUAUAAUGCUAUAAGGAGACGCGACCAUGAAAUAGUCAACAGUUAUCAGCCAAUACAUAAACCAGGGCCAGUCUGUGACUAUGAUUGGAAAGACUCUCACUGGGCCGGAAGAACCGAGAGGGAACUGAGAGACAUGUGCCGGAGACAGGGUAUGGAGGGUUGGGGCACCAAAGCUACUUGCAUCAAAUGGCUUGAGACAGGGUCGGUAGAGGAGACUGACGAGAAAGAGACUGCGUAUCGAGAAUUAGGAAUUAUGGCUUUGAAGAAGAUGUGUAAGGAGUGUGGCAUGAAGACUACGAGUGGCGAAACAAAACAGAAUUUGAUAACAAAGGUUAGAGUAGCCGACGAGAAGACUGGGCGGGUAUAG